AUUAAAAUAAAGGCCGAGAUCCUGGAUGAAAUUGAAAAUUUUUCACCCAACGACGAGCUAGAUAUCGAACAGUACGUCAAGCACAAACCAUCGGAAGAUGUAUCGCGCCAUGAAAAUUCUGAACAGACCCCAGAAUCGGACUGUCAAAGAAAUGCAAGCGUUUCACUUUCACAAAGAAAAAUGGACGAGUACACUGACUUAAAGGAAUACAUCGUGGCACUGACAAGAGGAAAGCUUUUAAUGUGCAACGUCGGCAGGAUCGAAUUUCCGAACGAGGUCGAGUUCAAGACUCACAUGAUUGGACAAAGCCAUGGAAAACUUUUCCAAUGCGGAUUUUGCUGGAAGCAAUUCUCUAGAUCGUCAACCUUAGAGAAUCACCUGCAUAUGCAUUUUAUUCCGAAGCCUUUCGCGUGCAGACAAUGCGAGCUCCAAUUUCAGACGCAACAUGCAUUGAAGAAACAUGAAUCUGAAGCACAUUUUGGCAGAAGACGAUUUAAGUGUUCCAUCUGCAAGAAAAAAUUGAUACGCUAUCAAUCGCUGCGCGAUCAUAAAUUGAUGCAUAUUAAUGCGAGACCCCACGAAUGCGCGACUUGUGGCAAAAGCUUCCUGAGGCCCAGCAGUCUCCGGACCCAUAUGAUCGUCCAUACCGCGGACUUGCCUUUCGCCUGCGAUCUCUGCCCGGCGAAGUUCAAGAGAUCAUCGGUGCUGAAGACGCACAAGCUGACGCACACCGGCGUGAGAAGAUUCGAGUGCGACAUCUGCAAGCAUCGUUUCCACCUGAAAGGCGCACUGAAACAUCACAUACUGGCGCAUUACGGUAUCAGGCCCUACAAGUGUGAAGAUUGCGGCAAGAGCUACAGAAGAUCUUGGGGUUUGAAGGUGCACCGAUAUUGGCAUACCGGCAUAAAGCGAUUCGAGUGCGAUUUCUGCAAGCUGCGCUUCAGCGUGAAGACGAAGCUCGCGAAUCACAUUUACACACACACCGGCGAGAAACCUUACAAGUGUAAUAUCUGCGGACGUCAGUAUGGUGAGAGGUAUCAGUUGAAGGCGCACAGAUGCACGGCAUUACAUGGCAAUCCGUUGAAAUUGAAAACUGCUUAGAUUUUAUUCUUUUCAUCGAAAUUAUUGAAAAGUUUGAAUAGAGAAUAUAAGAAUAAGUUAAGACUGGCGCAUUAUUGAGCGUACAAUAUUGUAUAAUGAAUAAAAAAAAGCAUUGAAGAAUAUUGUAUAACUUGUAAAUUUUGAUUUUUCCGUUAUAUCGAAAACUUACUGAAUAUACUGAGCUAAUAGCACAAAUGUCGAAUUUAUAAAAAUUAAUCGGAAGAAUUUAUACAUACCUAUCGUGAAUUUCACGGUACGACUUAAAGGCCUAGAUACUGUCCGCGUGAUUAAUUUAAUUAUCGUCGGUCGCGAUUGCUUGUAAUAAAACUCGUUCCUCGGCUUGAUACAAUGGCUGGCCGCCAUUUCAUUCGCGAUCAGAUCUACCAUCACGGAUCCUAUCCGCGUUUGCAUGCCCGUGAAGCUUAAUAAGGCAUGGCCUUAAUAAGCACUUCGCCGCAGAACAAAACACCGAUUAAUCCCACAGCCUGGACCGAUACGGAUUGGUUUCGAGCUCGGAGCUGCCGACUCGCGCGGGAUAGGUCGGCUUAGGUUCGUCAUCAACUAUCGUAUAUAAUCACAGUCUUUAUUCGAUAUUGCUCGAACGUGACCGCCGGGAUCAUCGAACGGUGCAGCGAAAUUAAUGCAACUUUCCAAGACGUAACGCAGUCCUUUGGUAAUAAUUAUUUACUUCGAAGGGGCAUACACUCACGUUUCGUUAUAACGGCAUAAUCUACAUCGUACUAUAGAUAUCCGAUAUAAUGGUUUACGUAACUUAUAUGAAGAAAAUAGAUUUUUAUCGACGGCAUCUAAAAAUUAAUUGCCUCUGUCUUAAUCUCGUAAAAAAAACCUGCGUUGUCAGACAUGCAGAAUAAAUCAUAUUGCGAUAUUCAUCUUUGCUACUUUCUUAAUAGAUAAGUACCUUUAGUCAACAAUAGUCAAAGUUAAGUAGCAACUUUAUCUUUACUAUUUGCAAUUGUUUAAACAGACGAUUUAUUAAGAGAAAAGCCAAUAAUUUUCUGUGUAUUAUAAGUAGUAUAAGUAGUAUAAU